ACAAAACACGGAACUCACUGCUGCUGUGCCCCUGGAUGCUGAGGAGGGGAACUUUCUGUCACAUUUCAAAGUCAGAGCUUACUGCGUGCAAUGACUUUGGAAGGAGUUUCUGAUCCGCUCAUUCGUUCGUCGCAAAGGUUUCGGGUUUGAGCCAACAAUGGCGGCGAACUGGGCCGAGAGGAUCUCCGCUUUCUCCCGGAGUCCGUCUGUCUUCCUCUCCAGGACAACAGCUGAGGCUUUCCUCGCAGAGCUGCUCCGUGAGCUCCGAGAUGACAGAGCCAGUUACAGUGUUAAGGUCCUCCUGUUGUCCCCGCUAUGCGAGCAUCCGACCCUGCUGUGUCCCUCCGACUCUGUGGGCGAGGAGACGGCCCUGGAGCUCAUGUCGGUGUUGGACCAGUGUCCUCCCAAGUCCGUCCAGUUCCGCUGCCACCUCCUCCUGGCCCUCACCACCGUGCUCGUCUGCACCGCCUGCAUGAGCGUCCGCUCCUGUGUGUCCCAGGACUUCCUGGACCUGCUCCUUCAGAUGGCCCAGGACACCGGGGACCUGCACGGGGAUGGCGCUCUGCGCUCCCUCCGGGCCACGGCCUGCGACUGCCUGCGGGAGCUGGAGGCCUGCUCCCCGGGCCUCCUCUCGCAGCGCCUCGAGCUCCUGGGCGGGCUCAGGCAGCGGGAAACCUCCCGGCUCCACCAGGCCUACGCGGGACUCCACACUCUGGUGUUGAGAAACGCUGUGUAUCGGCUCACCCAGGACACUGGAGCUGGCGCUGAGCACCUCAAGGCGCUUCUGGAAGGAAAUACAUCUGUGGCGUGGGAGGCCGAGCUGGACUCGGGCCCGAUGAGUGACAAAGACCCCUCGGCCAUACUAUCGUCCCUUAUCCUGGGACCCAUGGGUACUGUGCCGACCCUCCAGACUGGGCCCGACUGUAAGGAGCUGCGUUCGGUCCUUUCCUCCCUUCUGGAGGAGUCCUACCUCCUCACUCCUCUGUGCCAGGCUGCACUGCUACACAGACUGACAGAGGUAGUUGCCAUGGUGCCUGGUGUCCCUCCGGCCGUAUUCAGAGCUCAGCUGCUGCGACUGCUGGGCACGAGCGAGGUUUGCCUCCUCCACGCCACGCUGCUGUUGAAGUGUGCGUUCACCGACAGCCUGUUCAGCGCCGAGGACGAAGCUUUCAUCCUCCAGCGGCUGGUCGUGCUCUCCCAGCACCCGCUGCUGGGUACGCCCGAGAAGCUUUUCUACAUGGACUGCCUCCUGCACUUCCCCGAGAACCGGCCAAUCGGCUGCGGCGGCGACGGCGACGAGACCCUCCCCGUGCUGCUAACCCCGCGGCUGGCCUCGGCCCUGGCGCCCACCGUGUUCAACGACGGCGCCACAGCGCUGGCCCGCCUCAACCUGCUGUCCCUGGUCUACCUGGAGGAAGCAGAGGAAGGGGAGGGGGAGGAAAGCAGGGGCCUGGCCUACCUCUAUGAGCACCUCACCUCGCUGCUGCGCGUCGUGGCAAACGGGGGCAGCCGGGAGAUCGUUGUCACCUUCUUCAGGGCCGCCUUCCUCUUCCUCUUCUCCUUCUGCCACGUGGAGAGUUACUGUCGCAGCCUGACAGAGGAGCUGUGCAAGCUCUACCUCCGCCACACCCACCUAGCACCGCACAUCGUCAACCUGGCCGACCGGGCCCAGGACAAGCUCGCUGAGUCUGACUGGGCGGUGGGGUUCCUGAGGGCCCUCCAGGGAGUCAUCGCCGAUGCCCCGCCUGCUCGGCUCACCCCGCGAGAACUGAGCUGGCACCUAAAGACACUGGCCCGUGUGGCGGAGGAGGGAGAGAUUCACCAGCACAGCACCGUCAGCUUCCUAUCCAGCGUCAUCGCUCCGUCUCCCUCCUCUCUGUGCACCUCCGGCGACUGGCGCCUGGGCAACGGCCUGCUGGGGGUUUGCCGCCGCCUCCUCGUCCACCCUAGCCUGGACUCGCUGCUCUUGCCUCUGGCCGACAUCCUGCUGCAUCUCACUUGCCACUACGGUGACACGGACAUCCAGGACCAUGCCCGGCUCUACUACACCCUCCUGACCACGCUGUCCCAGGAGAAGCUGGCCGGGGUUCUGGCGCAGGGUUCUGCAGAGGGAGGGCGGCAGGUCACGAAGCGAUCGCUGUCCUGCAUCAUGGCUGAGAGCGAGGGCUUGGCGAGCGCGCUGACCAUUCACCAGACGGAGAAGUCGAUAUUCGGGCUAAUCGAGGCCCGUUCUGAGCCGCCUCAAGGGGAAACACAAACCGAGGAAGUAAGCGACCCCCACCAGAAUGAUACUUUGCCAACAGAGGCCAACGCAGCUCUGGAAGAAUACAGAGCUCAGUUCCUCGUCCCCGGAUUCGCCUCAGAAAUCACCUUAAACUACCGGCUUACUCGCAUCGACAGCGACUCCCACUUCGAUCAGCUCUUCAGCAUCCGCCUCCACUUCGGCCUCACAGACGACCACUACGAAGAGCUGGGCGACAUCAGCGUCCCGAGUCUGGUCCGGGGGAGGCCGCCGCCUGAAGUCAGGCUGAGACUGAAGCCCAGGCGUCCCUACCCCACCACGCUCCACGCCAGCGCCAUCUUCACCACUGAGGACGGCCUCUCCUGGCUCACCGUCCUGCCGCACAUCCACGUGGCCUUCCGGCAGGUCUUCGCGCCGCUGCCCGCCCCCCCGGCCUGGGGGAACAGCAGCAGACGGUGCUUGUUCGAGGGCUUGUGGGAUGAAAUGGGUGCAGAAAGUGGAGAGGACCCGGCAGACUGUGUUACCAGCCUGUUCUGCUGCCGGCUGAAGGAGGGGGCUCUCACUGACCUGGUGGAGAAACACUUCCUCCCCUACCUCAUAUCGGAUCUGUCCGAGGAAGAAGAGGUCAAAGUGCUCUUCUUCCUCCCACCGCGGUCUCACGUGCUGCUGAAGAUAAAACCGGGGGACCCUGUGCACUUCAAUGUCGCCGUGGAUAACUGGCAGCUUCUGCGUCACCUAAAUUCUUAUCUUCUGACAAUCACGUCCUCACAGGAAGACACUUGACUGGGAUUCAGCUUACUUGCUCGCUUUUAAACAAUAAUUUUAAUAACAAAAUCAUCAUCAGUCAUACUCCAAUUGUACUUGAAAUUAAGUUGCUGAAGACAGUCGAUUCAAAAUAAAGCUUUUGCAUUUUAAUUGUCUUGACGAGAAAUUAAA